AUGGAUGGGCUCUUAACGGCUGUGAAGACAGUCAAGCACGAUCCAGAUCAUUCAUUGAUCAGUGCUGAAUCUGUCCGCCCCAGCAAUACCCUCGCAACCCCCACUAUCCAACUCGGCGAAGACUUGACACCCAAUCAAAUCAUAGAUGUACUGAAAUCUCAACCAUCUCGAGAACAUCUUUCUACUGUUUUAGCUACGCUUGAUCCAUUUAACAAGUCAAAGUCUUUGGAUCUUGAUAUCCGAGUGCCAGGCCCUGUAUCAGCUCAGAUUCUCCAACUUUUGGUUUGCACCACCAUUCCUGACCACUGGUCAUUUUUGACAAGAGAAGACAAAGGAGCCAAAAAUGGGAAGAUUAAAUCAGCCAUUCUGCGAUGCCUAAGCAGUAUUGCGGGAGUUGGCUCUCUCAUUGCUCGUCUUCGGUCUCUCAUUGCAUCUAGUCGGGCAUCUCCCCAGUUGGCCGAGGGCGCAGCGGAUCAUCCCGCAAUCCAUGAUAUUCUUUCUGUUCUCGCGUCUUUGUUAGAACCAAAGGACUUGGUGCAUCGAUUCUAUGGAGAAAUAUCCACUUUCAAUACUACUAGGCAGCGAGUUGCGUGGAAUGAACUUGUCUCUCUCAUAGCCUCUGGCAAGAUCGUGUCUACAGUGGCAGAAGCGCUUAGCGUGGUUAAUGAGAUACAAUCGUCUUCGAUUACUUGGCCUGGGGAUGGACGGAAGUAUGCAUCUUGGCUUGGCUCUAACAUCUCAUACAUGCUUUCAAAGCUUGGUGAUGAUGAUCAAAGCGGCUGGCCGUGUGCUGCUUCAUUAACAGAACGGGCUCUCAGUCUGGGUUAUUCUUCCUCACUGAUACCGGAAAUUUAUUCAAAUAUCAUCCAUGACCAAUCAUUCGCCCCAAAAUUGGGCUUGCUUCUUGACAAUCUCAGAUUGUCGGCACAAUUGAAUAUCCUACAGUUGAUUCUUCUUGAUUUGCCAAUCAAAUAUCCAUUGAUACGUCUCUGUGACUAUCCAAAUGAACAGAAUAAAAGUGCAGGUAUUGUUUCUGGGGCUGCAGCUUUCCUGUCCACUGUCAUUGGUGAUCGACCACAUCUCAAAGAGGAGAUCAUGUCCUGGCUCUCCAAAGGACAAUUUGCAGCUGCUUUCCCAGUGGGCAUUAAUAGAGCUCUUGUGACAACCUACACCAUUCAAAAUGACUCGCUUAGGUAUUUGUUGAUUCGCAGCCUGGAGCACUUUGGUGAUAAGUUCGCCAUUAAUCAUAACAAUGAUCGUGAACACGAUGCGAAUACCCAAAUUAUUCUCUUGGCUGCUGGUCAGUUACAAAGACUCGACCCUUUUCAGGUUAAAGACAUCGCCCGCUCGAGCGUCUUCCUGGAUACCAUCUCCAAUCGACUUGGAGCUUCUUCAAACCGAGCACGACUUAUGGGUAUGAUCGUCGGGAUGGGAAUUUCUGAACUAGUGGAAGAACCCGGGAAGUCCAUGAAGUUUGAUCUUGACGAGUUGAAGGGCGUAGAAGCGCAAUGGUAUUUGAGUUUGAUUAAAGUCCAGGGUGAUGUUGGUACAUUUGAGUCCAUGAAGUCCUUACUAAAACCAGGUGCUCUACAAGAUGCUCCGGCAUCAAAUAUCAAGAAGCCUAAAUCCACUUUACGUCCGCAAAGAAUUGUGGAAAUCAUCAGUGACGAUGAAGAUGACGAAUCCGAAGAUGAUGAUCUCAUUCCAUAUGAGAAGCCUGACGAUGAUGCUGAGGAUGAUGACGAGGAUCCGACACUUGUCCAAAGAAACAAGCCAACACCACCUGUGUAUAUCCGUGACCUAAUAGUCUAUCUCAGAGACCAUGAAAAUGUCGAACGUUAUCACCUCGCCAUCACGACUGCGCCGAAUCUGAUUCGUCGAAAGAUCGGGUUUGGCAGUGAGCUCGCUGAGCAAAUUGAAGAGCUUGCACUGACAAUUGUUGGUCUCCAAAACGACAACAAACACCCGCAAUUCCACGAAGCACGUCUUCAAUGCAUGAUAGCCUUGAUUGUUUCCCAACCUCUCAAAAUGGGCCAGUGGUUCACAGCAAUGUUCUUCGAUGGAGAUUUGUCUCAGGUUCAGCGAUCCGCAGUUCUUACAGCCCUUGGGCUGAGUGCUCGCGAAAUUGCCGGCAAUGGGGAAGACGAUGCAAAAGCACUCGGUCUCCCGGCUUUGCAAGAUACCUCGUUCCCAUCGAAACGGCUUUCGCCAGCUUUAGAUGCAAUGUUUCAGCAGCCUAAUGAAGCAAAAGAAUCACCUAUUGCUACGCUCACCAGGGAGAUGUCAAGAACAUCCCUCCAACCACUGGCAGCUAAUGCCGCGGAUGCAAUCACUGGACCUAACGCGCUCAAGGUUCGCACUUUCUCGUCCCGGAUGGAAGUUGAGAAGAAGCGUCAACAGCGUGAGGCGCAGCGGCAGAAGAAUGUUGCCAAAGAUCUGUACAGAGUCCUUGCGGAGGGAUUCUUCUUCCCUCUCGCAAGUCGAUUCAAUGUUGUGAUGCUCCAAUUUUCCUCUUCCUCAUUCUCUUCGUACAACCCAUUCACAGUCCCCCAUAUCCUCACACUCUUCCUUCAAACUCUUUCUCUCAUUAUCUCUACCUCCGGUCCACACAGCACCUUCUUGCCAGGGCUUACCCAUGAAACCCUCUCGCUGAUGCUGUCAUUGCACACAGCGCCAAUUUCUAGCGACCCAACGGUCACUGCUGCACUUCUGACUCUCUUCCUUGCAGCGAUAGAUCUGAAUAUUGCUUCGGGUUCAAAUGGAGAAGAGCGACUUGUGACUGAGUGUGCGAAUCAGGUAAUUGAAUUACGAGACUGGGCUUCCCAAGUUUUCGAUCGCACGCCUGCUGCUUCAGGCAUGGCAAGCUCGACUGCACCUGUCGACACACAGGAUCAGGUGCGGACAUUAGCUGCCGGUGUGAUGGUUCGGAUUGGGGAGAUCACAGAACGUUAUCAGGGUCGGUUGAUGGGUGUGAACUCUGGAUUCAAGUAUUGA